UCAUUUCAUUUCCAUUUCGAUACAACUCUCCACUCCGCACUCCACCAACACAACCACCGCAAAUCCAAAUGGCUCUCAUCCGUGAACGCCGCCAGCUCAACCUCCGCCUCCCCUUGCCCGACCUCUCUGAGCGCCGCCCUCGUUUCUCUCUUCCCCUCCCUCCCACCGCUCCCACCACCGCCGUCACCACCAACACCUCCUGCUCCGCUAUCUCAGCCGCAGACCUCGAGAGACUCGAAGUCCUCGGCCACGGAAACGGCGGUACCGUCUACAAGGUCCGCCACAAGCGGACUUCAGCCAUUUACGCUUACAAACUCGUCCAAGGUGACUCCGACCCCACCGUCCGCCGUCAGCUCUUCCGCGAGAUGGAAAUCCUCCGCCGCACAGACUCUCCGUACGUCGUCCACUGCCACGCAAUCUUCGAGCAGCCCUCCGGCGACAUCGGGAUUCUCAUGGAGUACAUGGACUAUGGCACCCUCGAGACCUUGCUUAAAUCCAACGGCACCUUCUCCGAACCAAAACUUGCCCACGUGGCGCGGCAAGUUCUUAACGGCCUCAACUACCUCCACACCCACAAAAUCAUCCACCGCGACAUCAAACCAACAAAUCUUCUAGUAAACAGAAACAUGGAAGUAAAAAUCGCCGACUUCGGCGUGAGCAAGAUCAUGUGCCGAACGUUGGACGCCUGCAACUCAUACGUCGGAACUUGCGCUUACAUGAGCCCGGAAAGAUUCGACCCGGAUACCUACGGCGGCAAUUACAACGGCUACGCCAGUGACAUAUGGAGUUUGGGGCUGACCCUGAUGGAGCUCUACAUGGGUCACUUCCCGUUCUUGCCUCCGGGUCAGAGACCCGACUGGGCCACCCUCAUGUGUGCCAUAUGUUUUGGAGAGCCCCCCACCUUGCCGGAGGGGGUGUCCGAGGAGUUUCGGAGCUUCAUGGAGUGUUGCUUGCAGAAGGAGUCUGGCAAGAGGUGGUCCGCCGGUCAGCUUCUGACCCACCCCUUCGUCUGUAAAGAUAGGUGAGGAUGUGAAUUCAAGAAUCCGUCGCCGGGAAGUUUAUAAAUCUUCCAAGGGCUACAAGGACGAGUCGGGCAAUUAACUUGGUUUAUUCUCUUGCUCAUCAAAUCUUCCCGUGUCGAAUAUCCGUGCGAGUGGAGUCGGGUCGCCGGGUUUGGCAUAAGCCUUUUCGGACACUAGUUACUGUACGUUUUAUGAGCUUUUGUAUAUACUGGCCGGAUUCGGAUACUUUGUGGAUUAUGAUGUUAAUUAAAUUAUGAUUAAGAGAAUCAUCAUAUGAAUAUCAAAUUUCCUUUGAUUCUA